CUCCACUGCGGCCCAAGGUGAUCUCCUUCCUUCGUCACACGGCCACGGUUUUGACAAGUCCGACUCGUUCUCUCCCUCGACAUCGUUGUUUCGCCGACUUUUAUCGUUACAACAGCUCAUUCAGCACCACAUUCUUUUCAUCAUCAGUCCCAACAUUGUGCAUACUCGACUCGGGCGCACCCAUCAACAUUGAUUGUUUUUAUUUUUGCACCAACCGUUAGUCGGCUUCGGUUUUCCGGACACGCAUUUCGCAUCAUCGUUUGGAAUCCUCCCAGGGAGAAACAUAGAGUCCGUCGCCAUAGUUGAACGUUCGAGCACGUCUUCUUGGCCGCGGCAAUUUGCAUCAGUACUUGAUACCUAAUAUUCACACGUCGACCGCCGGCCUUCCUCCGAGAAGUAUCUGCACUUUCCAUCAAGCUGAUGGCGCACGCCGCGUUUAACCCCGCCCACGGCAUGGCCAUGCCCUCUGGUUUGGCAUCCCGGAGGGGUGGUCAAAAUAUCAAGCCGCUUUCGUUUGACGCCAUCAAGUCGUCCACCGACCGGGACAAUGGCCUGCCCACACCCCGAACCAGCCGGUCUCACUUGCUCGCUGGGCUCCGCACGGCCCCAAAGUCGGCGACGGCCACAAGCUUCCCGAAUCUUCCUGCGUCCCCAACAGUCGCCGCGCCCCAGGCCAGAAACAGGAACUCAAUGGCUCCCGGCAUGUACGACAGCGCCAGCCUGUAUAACGGACCCAGGACGUCGAUGCCCAGGCUCCCCAACCAGCAGCAGCAGUCGCACCAGGGAUACAACUCGAUGGCGAGCUAUGGUCAGCAGUACACGGCUGAGCAAGUUCUGGCACCUCAACUCCAUCUGGACGAGGCAAUCAAGGAUACGAUUGACCCCAACCUGCACGCCCAGAUCAUGUACACCAAUGCCUACUUGUCGGAACAGCAACAGCGCCUGCAGCAGCAGCUUCGAGCCUUGCAGGCCGCUGCUCAGCAGUUCCAGGGACUGAGCCUCAAUGGGCAGGCCCAGGUGAUGCAGCAGACCUAUCCUAGCAUGUAUCAUCAGCAGGUUCAAAAUGUCCAAGGCAUGAUGGCCCCGAUGACACCCCAGCCGAACGUCUAUUCUGUGUACGAUCCCGUUACCGGCCAGCAAACCUUGUACAUGGACCAGAACCAGGCCCAGGCCCAGCUGAAUGCUCACCUUCUCAGCCAGGCCCAGCUGGCCAACGCGUACGCGACUGCGCAGCAGGCUAACAUCGGUACCCCUCGAGUCCAAGUUUCUCCGCCGCCUACCGACAUCAAUAGAUCAGGCGUCCGGAUCCCUAGCCCUCCCCGUCGGUACGAUUCUCCGAGCGAGAGCAUGGUGAGCCCGCUGCCACCGCCGAGCGCCAAUGCCUUCCGACGGGGGCAUAAGAAGUCCGGGUCUAUUGCCAAUAACAAGGAGCAUUUGUCCAUCGCGAUUGACGAACCCCUCCAGUCCGCGGGCGCAAAGGCCGUCUCCGUCCCGCCGACACCAGUGACCGCUGGCUAUGGACCUGGUCAAGGACGCGCUGGCGAGCAUCCUAUCCGUCAACCGCGCAACCCUCCCUCGCUGGAUGAACUCAAGUCCAAGCCCACUUCUAAGCACGAGGGUAGCAAGAACUUUGUCGCUCGCACCCGCCGUUCUGCCGUUAACAACCUUGUCCGCGCUGGCUUGGAGCGGCGCAAGGAGGCUCGUAGCUCUGGAAGCGUUAGCCCUAUUUCUGAGAGCACUGAGGAGCUGGUUGAGACGCCCAUGACCGAUAACGACAGUGAUUCCGGCCGUAGUGGCUCUGGUGUCUUGAUCGACCGCGACGAUGCUGAGUGCAGCCUGCCUAGCUCGAGGACUAGCACCGGCAGCUGGGGUGCGAUAGGCUCUGACCGCCCCAAUUCGCGCCAGAAGCUCGAAGCAGACAGCGUUGACGGCGUUUCCCUGGAGGGCGAGGGUGCUCGCGAGCCUGGAAGCUUUGCCAGCCUCCUCAAGACCAGCAACCGCAAUAUCAACGGCGAGGCUGUUCAGGGACAGCGCAAGGCUCCUAGACUCGUUCUUACCAGCGCUGAGAAACGCAAGCUGGCUGCCUAAAUCUUGGGAGUUCAGGGUAGCUGGACAACAGGGAGUUUAGGGACGGAAUUCACACGCUAAUAACGAUCAUGUUCAUGUUGUUUUUUU